AAAAAAAAAAAAAAAAAGGGGAAAACUUCAUUUUGGGAGUUCCCAGUUCGAUCUGUAAAAUUGAAAACCCAAUCGCUCUGCCAGUAAGCUGCGUUUCGAGUUUUCCGACACCACUUUUUGUUCAGAACAGUAGGAGACGAAGGAUUGAAGGAAGAGAAGAAGAAGAUAUGGUUUAAAGUUGAAACUCAAUCAAAGAAGUGGAAUAAGGAACUCUCUCUCUCGUGCGCGCUUUCUCUCUUGUGUGUUCUGUAGCGGAGUUGGAGCAUUGGAGCUAAUUCGGACAAAAAACCCAUUACAUCAAUGGCGUCAAAGAGGAAAGAGUCGGAAGGUAUAGCCCUCUUAUCCAUGUACAAUGACGAAGAUGAAGACAUGGAUGAUGUUGAUGAAGAGGAAGACAAUAGAGAAGAUGCUAUUAAUGAUGAUGCAGUUUCUCCAGACUCUGCUCCUGAAGCUACACCCCAUAACGUUCAGUCUCAAGCUUCUCUCCCAACUGAAGAUUCAACUCCAAAAAGUGAUAGGUUUGCAUCUUUGACACCACAACAGCCCCAGGUUUUACUAAAGUCUCCACCAUUUACAUCACAGCCACCACCAUCUUCUGCCCCCUUUUUGGAUGCUCAAAGGACAAGAAAAGGAACUCUCACAAUUGUGGAUUAUGCUCAUGAUGAAACCGCAAUGUCUCCUGAAGCUGAGGAGGGUGAAAUAGUCAGUGCUGGACGUGUCAUGUUUGGUGAGGAGCUUCAAACUGCAAAUGGUGACUUCCAAGAGAAAACACCUCAAGGAAUGGUUCAGACAUUAACAGACACUCAAACAACUCCUCAACCUUCUGACCAACCGCCCACACUACAAUCUGAUAACAAUAUCUCAAUAAAUGGCUCUAGAGUCGACUCAGAAGUUGCAGUUGUUGAGGAAGCUAUUAUGGUUUCCACAGAUGUACCAAUAGAUGCUCAUCCAUUAGAAAAGUUUCUCCCACCGCCACCAAAAGCCAAGUGUUCGGAGCAACUCCAAGAGAGAAUAAAUAAGUUUCUAGCUUAUAAGAGAGCUGGCAAGAGCUUCAAUGCUGAAGUGCGCAAUAGGAAGGACUAUCGGAACCCUGACUUCUUGCUGCAUGCAGUGAGAUAUCAAGAUAUAGAUCAGCUGGGCUCCUGCUUCUGUAAGGAAGUGUUUGACCCUCAUGGAUACGACAAAAGUGACUACUAUGAAGAACUAGAGGCUGAUAUGAGGCGUGAAUUGGAGAGAAAGGAUCAAGGAUUGAAGAAGAAUCAGAAGCUUGAGUUCGCAUCUGGAGGGACACAACCUGGGACUGCCCCUGCAGGACCGAAGAUCAAUGUGCCAAUCCCAGUAACUGCUGCUGAUGCCUUGGCUCGGGAUGGUAGACAGAAUAAGAAAUCUAAGUGGGAUAAGGUUGAUGGCGAUCAAAGAAAUCAUCUGCUCCCUGGCGGACAAGAUUCUGUAUCCAAGGUUGGGGCACAUGCAGCACUGUUGUCUGCUGCUAAUUUGGGUGCUGGAUAUACUGCUUUUGCGCAACAAAGGCGAAAAGAGGCUGAAGAGAAAAAAUCUAGUGAAAGGAAGUUGGACAGAAAAUCCUGAAUUGCAAAUUUUGAUUGACGGUUGAAAAUUACAGGUUCUGUGUACCAGAGAAUACUCAUAUGUCUUUCAUCCCCAAACCCCCCCCCCCCCCCAAAAAUUUUUUUUUUUCAAAUAUCGUUACAAAUAACUCUAAAAGAGUAAUACUCAGAAUUUUUUUUUUAGUCGUUGUAUCAGUUGGAAGUUCCUCGUGAAUGAAGAUUCAAUUAUACCCUAACAUUAUUUACCCCAAAAAAAAAAAUUUAUACCCUUCCUUUGGUAGACUUGGUGUUAAAUUUUACAUAAUUUCCUGUUUGUAAAAUGAAUCGAUGUGAAGUAAUAAGGCCUGAUGUUUUAUGGGUGGCA